UCCGUCCUUGAGGACAAAGGUUGGCUCUCUCUCUUUCUCUCUCUCUCUCUCUGUCCGCGAUUAACCCGCGCUUUGGAGAAACUUUCAUCCGGCCUCCAAAUCUCUGGUUCUCAUCGACUCCUCCAUCACAUCCCAUUCUCUUUCGUUCGCCUUCCAUAUCUGCGUUUAACUACGUGUACAUACCAUAUAUAUAGAAGCAAGCAGAGGGGGGGGAAGGAGCAGGAACCACAGUCCUCUUACGGUGUCCUUCAUUCUUCAGUACUUCAAUCAGAAAGACCAUUCUCUCAGGAAUCAUCCUUCUCAUGGUGUUUACCACCCCUUCCACAGUGUUGCUGUUACUAUCGUGAAUCCUUGAUACAUGGAAAGCUCCCACUCCCAAGUGCCGGAAGAUCCACCCACUCAUGAAGGUGGUGGCAAGGCACCGGCAGGAAAGCUGCCGCCGGCGCCCGGGAGACACCCCAUCUACCACGGAAUUCGGUGCCGCAGCGGCAAAUGGGUGUCGGAAAUCCGGGAGCCCGGCAAGAUGUCGCGAAUUUGGCUCGGUACGUUCCCGACGCCGGAGAUGGCCGCCGCUGCCUUCGACGUGGCCGCCCUCGCACUCAAAGGCGAAGCCGCCUUGCUUAAUUUCAGGGACCUAGCGGCUUCCUUCCCAGUUCCUGCAUCCACGUCAAGGGACGACGUCCGGGCGGCUGCCAUGGAAGCUGCGGCGAGGUUCCGGCCGCCGGGCAGUGACGGCUCAUCCUGUUCCGGGAGAGUCUCGCCGCCGGACAGUGGUCCCGUCUCAACGCCGACGCCCAACGUCGCGGAAGCUUCCAGUUCGCAAUUGCCGGGCGACAGCGAGAAGGCGUCGGACAUGGGGGAGUUCAUCGACGAGGAGGCACUUUUCUACAUGCCCAAUCUGCUCGUGGACAUGGCGGAAGGGAUGCUCCUGAGUCCGCCAAGAAUUGGCCCGUUGGUGCCAGAAAACUCGCCGGAGAAUUCUGAGAGCGACACUCUCUGGAGCUACCAGUAACUUUCUCACCUUCUCCCUCCUUUUGAAGGUGACCGAGAAAAGAGGAAAGGUUUCAUCAAUCAUUGGACGUAGCGAGGGGUACAUGCUGGUUGUGUUCUACCCUGAUGAUCGAUUUUAUGGUGGUUUGUCGUUUAAUUUGGAGAGUCUUUGAAGGACAAUAAUAGUUAGUACUCGUGAUGGGUAAUAACGCCAUUGAAGAUAUGGAUGAUGACAAUAGCACCAAUUGUGAUCGUCACUUUGAGAUUGCUUCUGCUAUUUUCAGUAUCAGAUAGUACAUAUAUUAUUGGUCAUAUUACUGCAUUCGAAGGUACCAUUCUAUCAAGCAUCAACAAUAUCUCUCUCUCUC